AUGACGUUUCCGGCACCAGAAGCUCAGUCCUCACUGGCAGAGUUAGAGAUUCGGGAAAUUUUCAAGCGGGCCCAGAGGCAACAGUUCACGAUUCUUUCCUCGAUCAAUGAGCUGCCUGCCGUCGUGGAUAAGGCACUACAAGCCUGGGCAGCGAAGAUGAUGGAACGGAAGAGCAUCAGCAUUGGAUGGUUGGCCAUGACAUAA